UUUGCUUGGCGGCGGUGGCGGGCACUCGCGAUUGAUAACGCGGACCUCGGCUCCGGGUGGCCUGGAUAUCACUAAUCACUAUCAACGCGUAUCAUUUGUGUUUUGACCGGCGUCGGCGAUGGCAGCUACCGCAUCCAGCGUAGUCGUUCUCGACAGAGGAAAUAACACAACAUGCACCAUCAACUUGCACGGUGCUACCGUGGUCUCUUGGAGGGUUAACAAUCAGGAACAGUUGUUCGUCAGUAAACUGGCUGUUUUUGAUGGUCAGAAAUCGAUCCGAGGAGGCAUUCCGAUAGUUUUUCCUCAUUUUGGACCCUGGGCUUAUGGACCUCUUCAUGGGUUUGCCAUGACAUGCAGAUGGAAUGUUGAAAAACAACCUGAACCAUUAGAAAAUGGUGACAUUGAAGCACUAUUUUCAUUAGUCGACAAUUCUAUUACAAAACAAAUGUGGAAUUAUAGUUUCAAAUUAGUGUUAAGAGUGAUAUUGAGAGAAAAAGAAUUACAAGUCAGCUUCAAUUUAUACAACUCAUCUCUAGAACCAUUUCAAUUUAACAUGCUUUUCCAUACAUAUCUAAAAGUACCAGAUGUCCGAAAAUGUAAUAUAUCUGGUCUUCAAGGAUGCAUGUAUGUAGACAAGACCAAGGAAAAUGGUGUGUACCAAGAACCGAGAGAAAUGGUGACUGUUAAUCAUUGGACCGAUAGAAUCUAUCAAAAUACACAACAGGAACAUGUGAUUUCAAAUGUUGUGUCUGGAAGAAAAAUGAAAAUGAUUAAAUACAAUAUGCCAGAUACAGUUGUAUGGAAUCCAUGGGAUGUGACAUCAAGUACAAUGAGUGACUUUGGUGAAGACGAAUAUCCUAACAUGAUAUGUGUUGAAGCUGGCAUAGUGAUCACUCCGAUCACAUUGAAUCCAAAUAACACAUAUGAAGGCACUAUAAUUCUACAGGUUAUGUGAGUAGAGUCGGGAGCUGCUGUUGGCGGGGCGAGGUCUAAAGUACGUGGUGUCAAUGCACGCCAACGUUGCUCGCCAUUAUCCGCAGACAUUAAUAGAAACUCCGGCAGCUCCUAUUUUCAAUCACAGACAUCACCUGUUGUUUCCACAAUGUUUAACAGACAACCAGCUGUAAAUCACGGUUGGUUUACUUCCAUGAUGACAUCAACUGAUUUUUUCAGUCCUCAACGUUAUCCAUCCAAUAACCCAGUGCCACCCGUCCACCAUGAUUCAACGUGUGAUCAGCAUUCGUCAUGCACCAUAUGUUCUCUAAAUUUGUAAACAUUUUAUAAAAAUUAUUUAUUAGGUAUUAUUGUAUACUACAUACAUUCAUUUAUUUACGUAAAAUUCAUAUUUUUGAUUAAUUAAUUGU